AUGCCUUGCGGUCAACUGAUUAGCCUCCUCCUCUUGCUCUUGCUCGCGCCCGUCGCCUUCGCUCGUAGCAACGCUCUUUCGGCUCUGUCAGAUGGACAGCUGGUCAAGUUGGAAACACCAGACGAGGUCCAAGCCACACAGUUGGAAAUCGACGGCAAACGGCUGCUCCGAGUGACCGCCGUCGGUCCUGCAAUCGGUACGUCGUUGGGACGGUGGUCGAAUCCUGCAUUGAAACUGGAGGAUAUUGUUGCUGGUGUAAGAAGCACGUUCAAGAUGUCUGGACGGGGCCAAACCUUCGGCAACGUACCCCGCACAGGCGUGUUGGAAAUGUUUAGGAAGUGGCGCCAAUGGCUGCCACUUAACAGUUUUUUUCGAUUGGGACAAGGUAAAAGACCCAGCAACACCCAGAAAGCAAGUGCUUACGAACAAAGCAAGACGUUUGCGUCGAGAUUCAAGGAACGGAUCAUCGCCUUCACGACGACCAUGAAGGUGCCAUGGAUUGACGUGCGUUGCUUCGGACUCGAGCAUGUUCACCUGUUUCCCCAUCAAGGAUAA